AUGAUGGUCCCUCCCAACCGCAUGCCCAGCUGGCACCCCCACUCGAAAGGCACUAUGCCUCAACAGCCUUUAUCUUCACCUCUUGCGAUCGAUACCGAAGCGCCCUCGAGUCGUACGCCUGCCGUUCUGACAUCCACGACAAAUGACCUACCAGGUCAUCGAGUCAUCCGCGUUCUCGGUGCUGUCCAUGGAACCACAAGCGCGACGCGCAAAGAUACAAAAUCCUUCAUCAAGAACAUCGCAAGCACUUUCAGCAGUAAUUGGGGGGAGGCAAAGAGCGUAACGAGUAUUGUAUAUCAAGCGCGUGACCAAGCAAUUGAUAGACUCGUGAAAGAGGCGAUAAGCAAAGGUGCAAAUGCAAUUAUCGGAUUGGACAUCAGAGAGAGCGAGAUACUAGGAUGCGUUGUGGUCAGCGUUAGCGGAACGGCCGCUUGGGUUGAGAAAGAGAGUCAGGUCAAAAGGGAUAGUGCGCAAGAGUCUGACCCUUUUCGAUGA